UUCACAUCACAUGACAUCACUGUUGACCUGUGUUGGCCAAAGGGCUACCACAUACCACGUUCCUUGUACCCUGUGUGGGGCAAAGUAGAACGAUGUUUCUCAGUAGCACAUUGAAAUGGGCCGAUUUUGAGCCCACAACCUCCAAUGUUGAAGCCAAGUAAAGGUUGAGGUGAUGUUUUAGGAUGUGUUGUAUGGUAAUAAGAUGAAUAGGCAAUGGGAUAAAUACUAACAUGUCAUCCUUCUGUCUCCGAUUAUAAAAUAAAAAUGGCUUGGCUGUAAGACAAAGCCAGCAAUGGAUUUCAAAUCAGUUUGCACGCCGUUAACUUGUGUAUUUUACUGGUUAACUGAAAAAGAUAUAAAGGAGUGUCAGCCUGUAUGAAUCAGACAGACAGACGGAGAGGCAGACAGACUCACUAGUCCAUUUUCAAGGAUUAACUUAUCCUCAUGUCGUCAUUCUGAACAAAUCCCCACAGGGGUGAUUAUCGUAAUGGCUUUCUUUUCUUGGUACAUUGGCUUAUUAGUGUAUCUCGCUUUCUCUUUCAAAAAUGUCUAUCCUUGGGUGCCUCUCCUGACUGGAACUAUAUGUUUCACCCCAAGGCAUUUCUAAUAGAAAAUACAUGCACCUCCUUAACAGAGGACAAUUGGAGGUAAUGCGUUGCAGGGGGGGGCUUAGCUGUCUGCUGAGUCACACUGUCUGCUUAGAAGUCACAGACCAACAAUUAGAUUUAAUUGUACUAAGCAAUGGAGCUUAAAAUGAUUGUGAUAUCAUAAUUAGGAAGUAGGCGUCGGCAAAUUGUGUUUGUUAAACGGUGUUACCCGAUGGAUGCUCAAUACUCUGGGCCAUCGUGAAGGAUGAUGAUGGAGAGAAUAGCACGGAGGGGGAGGGUAGGAGGAGGAGGAGCGAAUCAGACGUCAUUCAGCAGAUUGGAUGCUGUGGAACAGGAAUGACGGAAGGGAAUCCCUGUGCAUCGCCCCCCACCCCACACACACGCACAGUACCUACAGAAUGACGUGAAGAUUAAUCAUGCACAGCUAUCUUUGCUCCCAUUGGCUGGGGUGAGUUGAAUCCGGGAUCUACAUCCUGACCUGCCAGUAUGGGCGGUUGUGAUUGGUCGAAGCAAGGCUGCAGUGAGGAUGCAGUUUUCCCUGGGCUAUUUUUUGCUGCAUUACUCCGGCAUGUGAUAGACCCAUUCUGCUGUCUGAUUCCAGAAUUACAGUAUAUGAUCCUUAUUUAUUAUUAUUAUUAUGGAGAUGCAUUCUAGGUUUGCAUUUGCGUAACUCUCAAUUAAAGUCACUCUGGAAUACUUGCCUGCCCAGACCGUCAGGGACAUCUGUGGUCCCUCUUCAGUGUGAGACAGGACAAGAGAGGCUGAGGAGCUGACUCUCUCUCCUGAGACAGACGCUCAGGGAGAAGUCGCAUUGUUUCUGGCGUCUCUCUCUCUCUCGGUUGUCCUCGGCUGACUGUUUAUUCACAGUGCUUUCUGAGUUCAUAACGACGGGCCAGUUAUUGCUAACGCUACGGUGGGCUGUGGUCUGGAGAUGCUGCAGGGCAUCAUGGACUUUCUGUGGCAGAGAUUCUUUGGUAGGACAGACUGUGACACUGAUGGAAGUGAGCUCCCUGAAGACGGAAAGGCUGAGGCCACUGGAAACCACAGGCAGGAAACUGGUAGUCCCCAAGAGGAAACCACAGACUCUUUAAGUAAUGAAGAGGCGAAGGUUCCUUCAAAGAGGGCCACAGUUUUAAUUAUGGUGGCCGCCCCUUUGGACUUCAAACAGAAAAUAGUGAAAGCAGGAGAUAAGGACCUGGACGGACAGUUGGACUUUGGGGAGUUUGUGCACUAUCUCAGGGACCAUGAGAAGAAGCUCCGAUUGGUUUUCAAAAGCCUCGACAAGAAGAAUGAUGGUCGCAUCGACUCACAGGAGAUCAUGCAGUCCCUUCGUGACCUUGGAGUGAACAUCUCGGAGCAACAGGCAGAGAAGAUCCUCAAAAGAAUAAGGAAGGGUCAUGUCUGUGCUCCUAUCAUGUACAUGGAUAAGAACGGCACGAUGACCAUCGACUGGAACGAGUGGCGGGACUACCACCUCCUACACCCCGCAGACAACAUCCCUGAGAUCAUCCUCUACUGGAAGCACUCCACGAUUUUCGAUGUUGGGGAGAGUUUGUUGGUACCUGACGAGUUCACUGCGGAGGAGAAGCAAACGGGAAUGUGGUGGCGCCACCUAGUGGCCGGGGGUGGAGCAGGCGCAGUCUCCAGGACCUGUACUGCCCCACUUGAUCGUCUCAAAGUACUCAUGCAGGUGCACUCCUCCAAAAGCAACAGCAUGCGCAUCGCGGGGGGCUUCACCAACAUGGUCCGGGAGGGCGGGGUCCGGUCUCUCUGGCGAGGGAACGGCAUCAACGUCAUCAAGAUCGUUCCAGAGACCGCCAUCAAGUUCAUGGCUUAUGAGCAGAUCAAGCGUUUGAUCGGGAGUAACCAGGAGACGUUGGGCAUCGCGGAGAGGCUGGUGGCUGGGUCUCUGGCUGGAGCCAUCUCUCAGAGCACCAUCUACCCCAUGGAGGUGCUGAAGACCCGGCUGGCUCUGAGGAAGACGGGGCAGUACCAGGGCAUAGGGGACUGUGCCAAGCGCAUCUUCCGCAACGAAGGCAUGAGUGCGUUCUACAAGGGCUACGUCCCCAACAUGUUGGGCAUCAUCCCCUACGCCGGCAUCGACCUGGCGGUCUAUGAGACCCUGAAGAACUGGUGGCUGCAGAGCUACGCCACGGACAGCGCCGACCCCGGGGUGUUUGUGUUGCUGGCGUGCUGCACCACCUCCAGCACCUGCGGGCAGCUGGCCAGCUACCCGCUGGCCCUGGUCCGGACCCGCAUGCAGGCCCAAGCUACCAUGGCAGGAGGCCCUCAGAUGACCAUGUGCGGCCUGUUCAGACACAUCCUGAGGACGGAGGGCCCCCUGGGACUCUACCGGGGCCUGGCCCCCAACUUCAUGAAGGUCAUCCCUGCAGUGAGCAUCAGCUACGUGGUCUACGAACACCUCAAGAUGUACCUGGGCGUCCGGUCCCGGUGAGGAGGAGGAGGGGGAGGAGGAAGAGGAGGGAGGUCGGGGGCUCAGAAAGGAGCUGAAUGUCUCGGGAAUAAAAGGUUUCUGUUUUAGCCGAACAUUGAAGGUUGGUUAUAGACUGGAGGGAACAAAGAAGAGGGAACAUUUCAAGAGGCAACUCGAGUAGUAGUGGGAGCAGUAGUGAGUAUGGUGAAGUGAAAGAGUGCAACGCGUUGCACUAAGGAGCCCAGGGUAAAGUCUUCACUGGUGAUGGAGCUGGUCAGACGCUCUCCCCUUGUCCUUAAAAAGAAUGUCAUUGUUAUAAUUUAUCUUCAUUAUUUAUUCAUUGCUAAUUAUUACAAACCAGUAGUGCUUUUAAAAAUCUUAUUUUAGGUUAACUCUGGAGUCGGUGACUCUUGAUGGUAAACCACUAAUAUGUUGUUUGGGUUUGGGGGGGGGGGUGUUUUCAGAUGGCUGAAGUCUUAUGUUGGAAAUCAAUGAAAUUAGUAACUUAAGGAAAUUACUCUCUUACUGCUUAGUUCGAGAGAGUAAUUUACAUACUCUGAAUCCUGUUUAGGCUUAAACUCAAUUAACUACAAGUACUUAGUUGUGUUCAAUAUUUCAAGCAACACUGUCACAGCAUUAAUUUGAUUUUUUUUUUGCAGUACACACUGUUCCCGGAGUGGUUAAACAUUGCGAAAUGAAAUAGUUUAAUUGUAGCAGGCCGCAGGUUUCUGUGGCAGUCUUCAAAAGGCAUCUCAAUGUUUACCCAAAUGCACCUUGUCUGGCUUUAGACUUCCGGAUGUAAGCAAACAAAACAUAUCGAUAUGCUGGGGAAAUGAGUGCAGGCCCCAUAAGUAUUCGACCAUCCAUUAGGUUCUAGAAAUGCACCAUAGAUUGGAUUAGGAAUGUAUUAUUCAUAGUUUGUGGUGAAAGAAAAAUGUAGGAUAAAUUUAAUUUGAAAGAAAAGUAAGCAUUUUAAUUUAAUUCCAUUUUAAUCUGUGUAGAAGCAAAGGGUUAAAAGGCUACUAUUUCAAUGUGUUGUGAUUAUUGAAACUAACAAACCAUUCCACUCCGUUAGGACAUUCCUUCUAUCGUCCUCAUUUGCUCUUCAAUGUGCUGUUGGCCCACAUACAAUCAUUCUGUGUUUUACCAGUUUGGAGGUUUUGAGCAUUAUUUUUUCCCAUGGCGUUCAUAUCAACUCAAGCCUCCUCGAAUGUACAGGCUUCUUUUUUUGCCAUCCUAAGCUUGUUUGUAGAUGGUUUAUUAAGAAAGCAUCCGGAUAGCCCUUAGCUUAGAAAAGACCAGUGCAGUUACCGAUCCUCUGCUGUCCACGUGCUGUCCUCUGAUGGUAGCAGGGUGAAUUGGAAUAGAGGGCAUUGGGUUCUCUUACUUGAAGACUGACUAUAAAAUGCCUGUGAAAGGGUUGGUAGUCAAGGACAACGGUAGUGUGUUUGGUUGUAAUGAGUUAUACAGCCAAGUGAAGCGGAGGUUCAUUACCCAUUUCAAAAGAACCUUGCAGAAUAUGCUAUAUGAUAUAGUAUAUGAUCUGCUAUUCGAAUUGAUAAAAACAAACACUCAUCUAGAAUGAAUUGCUUUUGUACUCCAGGUUGUUUUCUGUAGGAGCUUUGUGCUCGUCUAAACACUGACGGUGCAAUCAGCCCUAAUAUAAUUGUCACACUUUUUUUAUAUGUAUACAUUAUAAUGUUUAUGAGCACAUUGCCAGAUGCCAGAAUCUAAAGCAAACGAUCUGUAAAGAGACUUUAUAUCGGCAAAAUAGGAAAACCCAUUCAUCGAACAGGAUCAAGUGGUUCCCUGUUGGUUACUCCGGCAGAAAUAGACAAAUUGAAAAUGGUUUAUCGUUGUCCAUCACUCCUGGUAAGAGCUAGGAAAUGCUUGAUUCCUUCCUUUUUAUUUCACUGCAGUUUGUGUAAGUGUUUAUUAUACAAAUGUACUGUUAAAGGGACAUUUAAGAAGUACCAACACGUUGACAUCCAUAUCUCAACGCUGUGUGGACAGCUCGAAGCUCUUCCUGAGUGGUUGCCAUGCUCAGUCAGGGGGAGUCCUUCAGACCCUGAAUGCACUUUAAGGUAUUCCGCUUUACUCCAGUGAAAACCUUCUGGUUAUUUAUUUGUGUAUUUGCUUUAUUUAUUCCUACACAAGUGUAACAUGACUGAAAACUGUGAUGCAAUAAGCAAUCCAAUUGUCUUGUUUCCCUUACCUUAAUUAUGUGUUCUUUGGCUUUAAAGUGAUACGUUUUAUCCCUAUGGUGUUUGGUAGGGGGUUAAUGGUGUGGUUAGGGAAUGUAGGGCAGGGGUGGUAACAGCACCUACAUGCUUGUGGACACAGAUAUUAAGCAAAUACAUUUUAAUAUUCUUACUCAUUCAUAUUCAACGUUCCACUCAACUUAGGUAUUAAUAUAGGUAUUUCUUUAGUGUUGGUAGUUAUGUCGACCUGGCCACCUUCAAAGGUACAUCUCAAUUGAAGUUGAAACUCAUUGUUGGACAAAAACAGCAUGAACAUAGUUGGGGAUCUAGGACGUUUGAUCCGUUGCAUUUUAUUGUGAGUGUGCAUGUUACCCUGGUACGUGUGUACUAAGGAAUUGUGUUUGGAUUCACAAUAAGAAUCCUUACCUUAUUCUGUGUAAGUAGUGACUUCCUUUAAAUUGCAUGAGACAAUUUGAAAAACAAACAACCAUUUUUAUUUGAAUUUGCUUGCAGUUUUCAAAAGGAGCUAUUGCUGAGGUCCAGUCAAUUGAUUUUACUCUUCGUGAAUGAUUGUCACACCAUGCUGGCAUAUUGGAGAAGAAGGCGAAUGGUAGACCUUAUGGAGGCCAAUGCACAUCCUCAACCUGACAUAGUGUGUUCUAUGCAUACAAUGAUCACAGGAAAUACAAUGAUGGAACUUAGGGCUUCUGUGAGAUGUGAGUGUGUCUGCAGAAAUCCACAAUCUGUUUGUAAUGCUAGCUCCUGUCUCAAAGUAACGCCUUAUCUUGCAUCACCUGUAGAAAACUUGAAAUUAUAUAUUGCAUACACUGAAAGAAGACCGGGAAGUUCUACGUCUUAUGGUGAGGUAGUUUAUAACAAAAUCUAUUUGAGAAAUAUCUAUAAUAUAUAUUUAUAUUUGUAUUAUUUUAAGGUGCGGAGUGUAUUUGACAAGUAAAAUAAUGAGUUUGAGAUUAUUUUGUUGUAGAAUGCAUCCAUGGAGAGAAUGUAAAUCAUAAAUGCUUGUAUGCAAUCCUCUGUUCAAUAAAUAUGUUCUGCAUUCAUA